GAAGAUUUUCAGAACAUCUGUUUGAUCUAUUUCUUUGUAGGCCUAAUGUGUGUGAAGAGCAGCAGCUGACCGUGGUGGGCCUUCCACGCCCAUGUGUCCGAGCAUUCACAUACACCGUCAAGCUCUGGACACAGGGCUGUGCCGGCCGGAGAUGGUGUGUGGGUUAUGAAAGAAGGACCCGGUACUACACCGUGUACAGACAGGCAUACAGCAUGGAGCAGCAGACCGUCUACAGGUGCUGCCCUGGUUGGCGCCGGCAGGACGAUGAACCGGGCUGCCUGCGCUCUGUCUCUGCAGUGGCAACGUGUUUCCAUGGAAGGAGAUGCCCAGACAGUGAAGCCCAGCGGUGCCAGUGUUCCGAGGGUUUUCAGGGACCCCACUGUCAAUAUGGUCUUCUUUUCCACCUUCUCCCCACUGUGGAUCUGUCCUGUUUCUUUGCCACGCUGGCCUCUGGCUCACCCACUUUCUGGAGACGGGGUGGAGACCUGUGGACAAGAUAUAAAUGAAUGUGCCAUUGACAAUGGUGGCUGUCAGAACCAAUGCUGUAAUACAAUUGGCAGUUAUUACUGCAAGUGUCAAGCCGGCCAGAAGCUGGAGGAAGAUGGCAGAGGAUGUGAAGAUAUCGAUGAAUGUGUGGUGGUGAAUGGAGGCUGCCAGCAGCGCUGUAUUAACACUCUGGGCACCUUCCACUGUGAAUGUGAUACAGGAUACAGACUCCAUGCUGAUGAACGCACCUGCAUAAAGAUGGACCCCUGCACAGGUGCGAAUGGAUGUGCCCACAUCUGUCAGAGUGAGAAUGGAGUGGCCAGGUGUGCCUGUCACCCAGGGUACCAGCUGUCUGAAGACAAAAAGGCCUGCAGAGACAUAAAUGAGUGUGCAGAAGGGCUUGCUCACUGCGGCCAUCGCUGUGUGAACUCAGUGGGAUCUUUCACUUGUGCCUGUCACCCUGGCUCUGAGCUGGGAGCUGAUGGAAAACGGUGUUACAGGAUUGAAUUGGAAAUUGUCAAUAGCUGUGAAAAGAACAAUGGUGGUUGUUCACAUCACUGCGAACAUGCACUUGGUGGGCCCCAUUGUUCCUGUAACCAUGGACACCGGCUUGAUUCAGAUGAGAAAACAUGCAUAGACCUUGAUGAAUGUGAGAGUGGAGAAGCCUGCUGUGCCCAGCUCUGCAUCAACUAUUUGGGAGGCUAUGAAUGCAGUUGUAAGGAAGGCUUUCAGAUCAGUUCUGAUGGUUGUGGGUGUGAUGAUGUGGACGAGUGUCUGGAUACCAGCAUAGUCUGUGAUCAAGUAUGUAUUAACUCUGUUGGAACAUACCACUGUACUUGCGAGGAAGGCUACAGAAUUGGAAGUGAUGGAAAAACUUGCAUCUCUUUAGAUGAUGAUGAGCUAGAGGAAGGAGAAGAGGAAUUAGAAGUUGUGAGGUUCGCAGGCCUUCUGUUCAAGAGCCCACCUAGACUGCUUCAUUAUGUUGCUCCCUCUCUGCCUCCCACCUACCAAGAUGAAGAAGAUGAGGACAAAGUGGGAAAAGAUAUUCGAGGAGAACUAGCUCUAUUGCCCAAAGUUGUCUGUUUAGAUCACACCUUUGGACAUGAUUGCAGUUUGAGCUGUGAGGACUGUAUGAACGGAGGCUGGUGCCAGGAGGGAAAGAGUGGGUGCUCCUGUCCAGCUGGCUGGGGUGGCAUUCUUUGUAAUGAAACUUGUUCCUCCGAGACCAGUGGGGAAGAAUGUGGAAGCGCCUGUGAUUGUCAGAAUGGAGGCACCUGCGAUCCUCUAACUGGGCAGUGCCAGUGCCCCCCAGGGGUGCAUGGGAAAACCUGUGAACAUGGAUGCCCUAAAGGACUCUUUGGGAAGAACUGCAAAAGGAAAUGUAACUGCGCCAACAAUGGCCAUUGCCACAGGGUGUACGGUGCCUGUGUGUGUGAGCCAGGGCGCUAUGGGAGGUUUUGUCAUCUGAACUGUCCCAAGGGGGUCUAUGGGGCUGGCUGCUCUUCAGAAUGUCAGUGUGUGGAGGAGAACACCCUGGAAUGCAGCGCCAAAAAUGGCAGUUGCACCUGCAAAUCUGGUUACCAAGGCAACAGGUGCCAGAAAGCCUGCCCUGAUGGACUCUUGGGACCAGAGUGCCAGGUCUCCUGUGGACCCUGUGAGAAUGGAGGUCAAUGCAACAAAAAAACCGGAGACUGUGACUGUCCUCCUGGUUACACAGGAAAAGACUGCACCACACUUUGUCCACCAGGCACAUAUGGGAAGGACUGUAAACAGGUAUGUCAGUGUUCGGCCGAGAAAGAGGACUGUCACCCAGUCACAGGGAGAUGUACCUGUCUGCCUGGCUACCAUGGAAACCACUGUCAUCUCGAAUGUCCAAAAGGCACUUAUGGUCCCUAUUGCCAAAGGACUUGUAAGUGCUUGAAUGGUGGCAACUGUGACACCAUGAUUGGCACCUGUGACUGCCCUCCAGGCUUCAUUGGGGCGGACUGCAGUCAAACCUGUCCUGCCGAUCACUACGGGAAGGACUGUGUCCAGCGGUGUUCCUGUGGCCCAGGACAGUGUGACCCGGUGACUGGAGAGUGCCACUGUUCACCUGGCCAAAUGGGAGCCAAGUGUCAGCAAGGAUGUCCCCAGACAAGGUAUGGCCCAAAUUGUGAGCUAAUAUGUACCUGUAAAAAUGGUGGCCUUUGCAAUCCUGUGGAUGGAAGCUGUACCUGUGGCCUUGGAUGGACAGGAAAUUAUUGUGAAAAAAAAUGUUCCCCUGGGUAUUAUGGCCCAGGCUGCCAUUUUAAUUGCACCUGUCAGAACAGUGGAGUUUGCAACAGGUUUUCUGGAAGCUGUGAGUGCCUCCAAGGUUUCUAUGGACGAGACUGUGAACAUGCAUGCCUUCCUGGAUUUUAUGGUUUGAAUUGUGCUCACAUCUGUGACUGCAGAAAUGGAGCCAGUUGUGAUGCAACGAGUGGACAGUGCAUUUGCCCAGCAGGUUUCCAUGGCAGCCGGUGUGAAAAAGAGUGUUCACCUGGAAUGUUUGGAGACAAUUGCCAGCAUCUUUGUGACUGUGAAAGCAAAAUCUCCUGCCACCCAGUAACUGGAAAGUGCCUCUGCCCACCUGGAAGAGCUGGAGCCAGAUGUGAAGCUGAAUGCAGGCCAGGCCAAUAUGGACCUAACUGCGCUCUGACGUGCCAAUGUGUCCACAGGGCUCAGUGCAACCCGCUCAAUGGGAGCUGUACUUGCCCCUCAAAGAGAAUGGGUCCAACCUGUGAGGAAAACGUUUUGGAUGAUCUUCAAUAACGGAACACUAGCAGCUUUUCAGUGGGUGGAGAGAAUUUCGCCGAGGCUCACCCACAAUUUAUCAUCUUAACUUUGGCAGGGAAAUGCACUUACUCAUCCAUCUUCAGCCCAACCUCUCCUGUUGUGAGGUGAAAAAUGAUGUCUCCAAUUUAUGGCCUGCAAGUAGAAGUUCCAUUCUCCAGCCUACCCUUCCCAACUUUCUUUUGCUGAAGAACAUGCCCAAAGAAAGAGAGAAUAUUUUUUCAAGAUCCCAAUCGUAGUAACAUUUUGGACUAAUAAACGAAACUCUUUUUUAUAUGCACAGGCGGUAUUUAAAUUUGGAAGUAAGAAAUACCUCUCAGUUCAGCUUGGACUGCACUGAAAUAUUCACACCUAGUCACUGAAGACCUCAGUGGUCAUUAAGUAGCUGGAUCCUCUUUAGAAAUGUCUAGAAUUUCAUCUAUUUAUUCUUAGUAUCCUGCUCCACAGCUGAGCCUGCUUCAGGUUGUUAAUGUAUUGUAUUUCGAACAUGACUUUCGGCGUGGGAGACUAUUAAGGCUUUAGCCACAUACAGAUCUGGGUAAAGGUAUGAUGGGCACACUUACAAUGAAUCAUCAAAAUGUUUAGUGGUGUUCUCCUCAUCACUGGUCAGCAGACAGGAAAAAAGUAAGUAGAAAUGAUCAAGGUGAGGUGCUUAGCCUGCUCUGGGGGGACACAAAUUUCCAAUAGAAUAGGGACUUCCUUCAUUUCAAGGAAAAAAUAAAUAAUAACUAAAAACAGUGAUUGCCAACAGGGAGAAUAAAACAAGAAAACCAUAUUUCUCUUCCUUACUAGAGAUCUUGUCUCCUAUUACAACACGUGAGAAACUCACUCUAGAAAAAAAGUUUCCAGAAACUUUUCAUGGUAGGAAAAAAAAGAAUAAGAGAUUUCUUUUGGGUGAAAUUUUUUAUACCAUAUUGCUUAACUUUUUAUAAACGAGAAGUCUUAUGUAAAAUGUUAAGCACAGUUCUUGGCAAAAGGUCAAUGGCCCAAUAUUAUCUCUUUUCAUCCCCCAUGCCACCCCAAACUCUAAAAUAAAUCAUGAGAGUGGGAAAGCAAAGCCAUAGCCUAAUCCUAUAUUUGUACUAUCACAUGACCCAUAGACAAAUGGAGUUUCACCUUCAUCCUUAUAUCAGUCAAUAAGAACUAAUGCCAGUUACUGUAGCCACUUUUCUUUAUAAAAGUUUUAUAGGUUGUCUUUCAUAUCAAAAAAUAAAAUACAAAAAUGUUUAAUAUCCAGAAUAUUUCCAUUUUCUGCUUGGUAACCUUGAAAAAUCUUGAUUUAGAUGGCACCCUACAAAAGUUAAUAAUCAUGUGAUAAGUUAUUCCUUCUAAAAAAUAUUUCAGUUCUUCAGCUUGAGGACACUAUCAGAUGUCUGAAAAUCAUUAGAGGCAAUGACAUUUCAUUCAUGGGCCAACAUACAAAAAAUGUUCCUCUUAAAUAAUGUAACAGCUGCAAAUUUAUCAAAUAGAAUUUCCUUGCAAAAUUAUGUAACUAGAAUUUUAAAAAUCAUUUUUAAUAGCUGCAUCUCAAAAAUGCUUCAAAUUAAGAAUGUAGUUCACAGUGACGUGCAUUUCUGAGCAAAUAAAUAAUGCAUCCUUUUUACUUUCAUAAGGAUUUAUCUGAGCUUUCUACAUGUAAACAGUUAUUCAGGUAGAGUUAAGUGUAAUCUGCCUACCAAAAAAAAGUAAUUUGCACAGAAUUUUUAAAAAUUCAGCUAUUUAAAAGUAAGGCAUGAUUUAAUAGGCAUGUCCUCUUAAAACUAAAGUCCAGUGUCAAAUUAGAGUCAUUGUCAUGGGGUAGAAAUACUUCAUAUUACUCCUCCUAUUUUCCCUCCUUCUAUAAUCUGCUCUUUAAAUGUAGAAAUGCUGACCCCAAAAGAAAUCCAUCCACCCAUAAUACCCCUUUAGAAAGGUGCCUAUGCUGUGAUGUUUCAGGCUCUUUCAUUUGAAAUACAAGAUCAGAGUGGGGAUUAUUAUGCUUCUCUGCAAUAAUAUAGCUCAAGUUUAAAGAAAACUGAGCAGAUGUAUGGAAGUGUGCUGGCUAAUUUGGAGUUUCCAUCUAACAUGCGUGGGAUAUACCAUUUCAGUUUAACACCUAACGUUCCCCCUACUCUUUCUAACUUCUAUGCUCAUUUAUUGAGUUUUCCAGAUGAGACAGCUAUUUGACACAGGCUAAAUUAUUUUUAGAGAACUUGGAAAUCAUUCCAAGAGUUAGUGGCAAGAAUGGCAUUUCCUUUGUUAGAAAUAGCAAAGAGGGUUUGGCUUCUGCGGGGCCUCUUUCACCUUGGUUUCUUCAGGACCUGGUAAUA